GCCGCCUCCGUCCGUCUUCCACCGUCGUCGCUCGGCCUCGCUCCUUGCAUCGCAUCGCUCCUUGCAUCGCCCGCCGCAUCGCCCGCCAUGCCCUCCGACGGCAACCACAUCACCGCAACCGACCUCGGGCGCUACCAUACCCACUUUUGCGAGCUCCAGCUGCACAAGUCCCGCACCUAUCGCCGAGCCCGCGAAGCCUCGAAGGGACCUGCGCUGCCCCCGCCCGAGCUGGCAGGGCUGGUUCCCCCUGAGCCUUCUGCUUCGACGAAGGCCCUGUUCAAACGGGGCGUCAAGUGGGAGGAAGACCUCGUUGAUGUUCUCCAAAAGGACGGGCUGAUCUACAACGUGCCUGAGCAGCGCGGCAAUCUCACCAUCCAGACAUGGCUCGACAUGAUCCUCGCCGACAACCGCCUGCACUAUUAUAUGAUCGGCACCCAGUUCAGCUCGCCCGCCUUUGAAAACGAGUUCGAAACCCGGGGCAGCCCACCUGUGCGCUUUGGAACGUUCAAGCCUGAUUUCAUCGAGAUCCGAGUGGAUCCGGCCGCGGCGUCCGAGGCUGCGUCCAAAGACCAGGACAAACCAGCCUUGCCGCAGCGAUGCAAGAUCGAGUGGCGUAUCAUCGACGCCAAGUCUUCCAAGAAGGUCAAGAUCUCGCAUCAAGUGCAAAUCGGCUACUACUGGCUGGCCAUCCAGGCCCUGAUCCUCGAGUUUGCCCAGACUCGCCCCGAGUUCAGUCUCAAGGAUAGCAGCGUUUCCUUCCAGUACCAGGACCAACUCAUCGAGCUUGCUCGAGACGGCUUUGGCGAGGUUUGGAUUCCUCACAAGACCGACCCUACUCGUCGGGAUCCUGCUGGCUGCUUCUCGGUCAGCGUCCUGAGGCCUCUCCUCGAAGACUUUUUGUUUCGCCAGCUGCCCUCGAUCAUGGCCAAACCCGCCGGCGAGGCCGCCUGGCAUCUGCGCGAAGCCUGCCAAGGCUGCGAGUACAUGGACGAGUGUCGAGCAGUCGCCGUUUCGCAGCAGACACUCUCGGCCAUCCCCAACCUCUCGUCUCACGACUUUGACUUUCUGAAGCAGAUCAUACGCUACCAGGGCCGUGGCCGGCGCUUGCCGACCGGGACAACUGAGAUCGAAGACUUGGCCUCGCUGUUUCAGCCUGGUCGGUCAUCUUCAACACCCCCCUGGAGACAACUGAGUCAGUCGCAUGCCUUGGCCUUUGGCGAGCUCUGCCGCAUCCUCAAGAUUGUCGAUGUUCCCAGCACAUCGCCUGUCCUGCAUGUGCCGAUGCUCGAAUCCACCAGGCGCUCGUCCGUCGAGGUUCUAGGCGCCCGCUCGCUCCUGUUCCCCAGGGAUGAGGAUGUGGGUGUCUAUCUCUCCGUCGGCAUCAACCCAGCCACCGAGGAUCUGUUCUACUACUCGAUCUACCAGGUGUCGAAGGCUCGCUCCCGGCCCGUUUACAUCUCCAGAGUGGCCGAGAAGAACGACACUCAGUUUUUUGCCAGUUUUGUCAAGGACCUGGCUAGAGUCAUUCGAUCGCUUGAUCCCAAGCUGCAUCGUAGCGGCAAUGCCUCCGAUUCGGACCUCUCGGUGCAGUUCUAUGUCUUUGACAAAUUCGAGUACGACGAAAUUGUUUCUCUGCUUGUGAACGCGGCGUGCUACUACGAAGGUGAUCUCGUUCCUGCCGACGAGGCCAAGAGCGAGACAUACGAAAGCACACGCAUCUGCAUCGGGGCACUUGUUCGUCACAGCGACGUGCUGUUGAGCACCGUCCAGCCAGAGCUCUUUGAGCCCAGCACCCUCUUCUCAGUGGCCUCAACCACCCUGAAGCCGCAGCUGCAAAAGUACGUGUCGUACUUUAGCAACAACAGCGAAAACAUCAAUGCCAGAAGGGACGAGCUUCUCGAGACCCUGGAUUCUUUGCUUUCCUCCAAGAGCCAGAACAAUGGGCUGGACCGACUAGUGCCCCCCGUCGUGGCUCUCAGCACCGCUGUGCGGGAGCUCUUUGCCUUGCCUGUCGCUGGAUUCUUUGACAUUGACGAUUGCGUUCGAUGCUUCAACUUGUUGGUCGAUUGCAAGAAAGAGGACGACGAGACGGUCUCGGUCUCAAGCAACGCAGUCUAUACUGCCUGGGAAGCCGAUGAUUAUUCGCGAGUCGAGAAGCUCCUCAGGGCCCGAGUUGAGGCCAGCCAUCAGUUGGUGCGAGAGUGUCGCAGACGCCUGGAGAGCUACUGCGCUACUAAAAAUCAGCCACUCAAGUCCAUCCUGCUCAACACCGCCCCAAUCUUUGAUGUGACCUAUGUCGACUUUUGUAAGGAUCCACAUCUUCGCCGGCUGAUGUUUAUGGCCCAGUUCGAGAUGUUGACAGAGCUUCAGGAACUGCGUCGAGAGCGUUGCCAGAACACAAAGCCCAUUGUACUCGAGUACUUCAGCAAGUCGAACGAAGACUUUGCAUUCAACUAUCGUCUCAUCCAAGGCUCGGAAUACAUUGAAGAAGACGACGCCGAGUUCUUUGGAUGGCUCCUGGUCAAGGAGGGCACCGACGCCGAUCUUUACUUUGAUGAUCUCAAGUACAUGGACACGAUCAGUUACAGGCUCAAGUUGGACGAGAGCGACAGCCAUUUGAGAGGACAACUGGUCUUUUCAUCCAUCAGCAAGUUGAUGUCGGAACAGUCCAGCCCAGGCUCAAAUAGGGCCGACUCGAUCAUCGUCACACUCAAGCAUAAGGACGUGAGGGGAUUCAAGUUUGCCGGGGGCCGGUUCUAUCUGCGUCGUCGUCUCAUCAACUUCAACACUAAGAAGCUCGUGAGGAGUCUCAUCGAUACCGACAUCGAAAACGCCGCGGCAACCAGCCCCGAUAGCGCGCCGUUGUUCCUGCGACUGGUCCGGGAUCCGAAUGACGUCGGUGCCUUAUCUAUCGACUCAUCCAAACUCAUAAGCAAGGCUGCCGAUAUUCAGCGUCUCUACAAAGAGCGAGGCAGUCUGGACCCAAACGACAUGAAUAUCAAGUCGCUUACCUUCCUCUCCUCCCAAAGCCAUGCCUUCACCUCGAUUUUGCAGAGACCCGUCAGUCUUAUUUGGGGACCUCCUGGCCACGGCAAAACCCACACUCUCGCGCUGUCCACGAUUCGAUUGAUUGAGAUAGUCGAGAAGCUGAGCGCUGGUCAACAGCCUAUCAAGAUAUGUAUGACGGCGUUCACUCAUGCCGCCAUCGACAACUACAAGAAAAAACUCGAAACCCUGCUCAAGGCAGCAAAGUCGAUCAGCUUCAUGAACAAUCAAAAAUGGAUCAACCAGAUCGAGGUCAAUCGCCUUGGUGGGGAAAGCCGAUCCCCGAGCAAGCCGAAUCUGUCAAAGGCGUACACGAUUGUGUGCUCCACCGUAUGGCAACUCUCCAAGAUUGAGCCAAAGGAUCGAGACUUUGAUGUGCUCAUCAUCGACGAGGGCUCGCAAAUGCCCUUGUCUGACGCAUCCAUUGCCAUCAGCAUGCUCAAGAAACCCGGCCCUGUCCGACUCGUCAUCGCCGGCGAUCAUCUGCAGCUCUCGCCUGUGCUCCGAGGCUCCUACCCGGCCUUUGGAGCCUCCGAUUCUGAUCCACUGCUCUUUGGAUCGAUCAUGGACUGCGUCCUGCGCACCAGCGACGGCAAGUCUGUCGUCCGCCAGUCGUUUUUGCCAACCAAGGGGUCUGAUUUUGGCCCGUUCACCCAGAUGCUGAUGGAAAACUUUCGCAUGGUUCCCAAGCUCUGUCGCUUCUCCGAGACUCUCUACGGUCGAUCGAGGGACAUCAAGUUUAUUCCGAUGAUGCCCGAGCAGAUCGAGAUGCAGGAGGCCAUCCUCAACGGACUCGGUGGGCAGCAGAGCAUCUCUCCAAGCAUCUCGGAGCUUCUGGUGCUCAUCUCGACUGCUGACAAGCCACUCGUGACGAUCAAGAUGCACCCUGCACUGAAGAGAGGCGACGAGUUCUCCCCUUACGAGCGGCACGUCAACGCCGAAAUGGAGCUCGUGGCUGGGAUGGUGAAAGGCAUACGAAGCUGCGGUGUCAGCGGCCGGAUCUUUGUGGUGACUCCUCACCGACUGCAGCGAUCGCGGCUCACGGCCCUCCUUUCUGACCAUCCGAACGACUUGCGAAUCGAUACAGUCGAGCGAAUGCAGGGCGACGAGGCCGAGAUCGUCAUUGUAUGCUACGGAUUUACCUCCCACGAAGGACAGAUGGAGCGGGAGCUCGAUUUCAUUUUCCACCGCAACCGCCUCAAUGUUGCGCUCUCGCGUGCUCGCUCUCUGUGUAUCCUUGUCGCAUCCAAGCCGCUGCUGGAGCCGCCCAUGCUGGCACUGGCAAGCGCCACCAGGCGUGAGGCGUUCGCGCACAUCAUCAACUUCCGCAACUUGAGCUGCGUCAUCGAUUGGGAGUACAGCGUGAGCAGUGGUAUUGGAAACGUCGCCGACCCUGGAGCCGUGGCAAACAGUUUCCAAAGCCUCACUAUAUAGCCGCCGCGACGAUGAUCUGUGGUGUAUGUUUCCGUUGCCUUCAUAUACGUGUAUUCGCCUCAGCAGU